UAUGUAUUACAUUUCUAUCUACAUAUUCUGCACCAGGCUUCGCGCAUGCUCUGUGAAUCAUUAUCUACCCACUCAAUAUUGCAACAAGACUGAAAUAAUUCAAACGGUUCAAGAUGACGUCAUGGAGCGACCGCUUACAGAACUUUGCAGACCUCCCAGCCAACAUGGACGGCUUGGCCAUGAAGAAGUAUCGGCGUGAGGCCUACCACAGAGUUUUUGUGAACAGAAGCUUGGCAAUGGAGAAGAUUAAGUGCUUUGGUUUUGAUAUGGACUACACUCUGGCAGUGUAUAAAUCACCUGAGUACGAGUCGCUGGGAUUUGACCUGACUGUGGAACGUCUCGUCCACAUCGGUUACCCACAGGAGCUGCUCAACUUUGUCUACGACCCCGCUUUCCCCACCAGAGGCCUGUUGUUUGACACAAUGCACGGGAAUCUGCUCAAGGUCGACGCAUACGGUAACAUCCUGGUCUGUGCCCACGGCUUCAACUUCAUGAGGGGGCCUGAGAUCAGGGAGAUGUACCCCAACAAGUUUAUCCAGCGUGGAGACACUGACCGCUUCUACAUUCUGAACACACUGUUCAACCUCCCCGAAACCUACCUCUUUGCUUGUCUGGUUGAUUUCUUCACCAACUGCCCCAAAUACACAAGCUGCGAGACUGGCUUUAAGAAUGGAGACCUCUUCAUGUCCUACAAGAGCAUGUUCCAGGAUGUCCGUGAUGCUGUGGACUGGGUCCACUUGAAGGGAUCUUUGAAAGAAAAAACGGUUGAAAACCUGGAAAAGUAUGUGGUCAAGGAUGGGAAGCUCCCUCUACUCCUGAGUCGGAUGAAUGAAGUGGCCAAGGUGUUCCUGGCCACCAACAGUGACUACAAAUACACAGAGAAAAUAAUGACAUACCUGUUUGACUUCCCCCAUGGUCCAAAGGUGGGAAUGCCCCAUCGGCCCUGGCAGUCCUACUUUGACCUGAUCUUAGUAGAUGCCCGCAAACCCGUGUUCUUUGGAGAGGGGACAGUGCUACGGCAGGUCGACACAACCACAGGCCGGCUGAAGAUUGGCACAUACACAGGACCGCUGCAGCACGGCAUCGUGUACUCUGGAGGUUCCUCUGACAUAGUGUGUGACCUGCUGGGGGCCAAAGGGAAGGACAUAGUAUACAUUGGGGACCACAUCUUUGGGGACAUCCUCAAGUCCAAAAAACGACAGGGAUGGAGGACCUUCUUGGUGAUCCCUGAACUCGCUCAGGAGCUGCACGUGUGGACUGACAAGAGCUCUCUGUUUGAGGAGCUCCAGUCUCUGGACAUCUUCCUGGCAGAGCUCUAUAAAAAUCUUGACAGCAGCAGCAACGAGAGACCUGAUAUCAGUUCCCUCCAGCGCAGGAUCAAGAAAGUGACCCAUGACAUGGACAUGUGCUAUGGGAUGAUGGGCAGUCUGUUCCGCAGUGGCUCCAGACAGACUCUGUUUGCGUCACAGGUGAUGCGCUAUGCUGACCUGUACGCUGCCUCCUUCAUCAACCUCCUCUACUACCCAUUCAGCUACCUGUUCAGAGCAGCACACGUACUGAUGCCCCAUGAGUCGACGGUUGAGCACGCCCACGUGGACAUCAACGAUACCGAGUCUCCCCUGGCAACGCGUAACCGCCACUCCGUGGACCUGUUGGAGUUAGACUGUAAGAGGCAUCAGCUGACCCGCUCCAUAAGUGAGAUCCAGCCCCCAAACCUGUUCCCACAGACACCCCAGGAGAUCACCCACUGCCACGACGAGGAUGAUGACGAGGAAGAGGAAGAGGAGGAAGAUUUCCAGAGAAGUUUCCAGAUGGAGCUCUUCGGACCACACCUAAGAGACUGAUGGUGACUUGGCCCCCCUAGCAUGCCUGCACUGACCUGGCAUCAUUAUGCAGUCAGUAUCACAUACUUGAGCUGUGCAUGCAGUCUUGAAAACCCUACCCUCGGCAACACAGUGACCAGGGUCUGGUUUCAAUGGUGGACUCAUUUGGCAUAGAGCAGGGAUGGCCACAUUGAUUGGUGUGGGGGCCACUUUGAUUGGUGUGGGGGCCACAUGAGGCGCCGUUGCUAGCAGGUCUGCAUACCCACAUGUGCAUAGCCCCUUUCCCACCACAUUGCAAGCAAAAUGUUUUUGCAGCUCCCCUCUUGACACCAAAGAGUUCAUUUUGUGCAUUUCUACACAUUUUGUCAUGGGACGUAGAGAAAAUGUUGCAGUUUUAAAGCAAGUUUGCUGCAAUUCUAUAAAUUUUGCCGGGGAGGUAAAUUGAUCCAAAGGACUUCAAAGGGGAGCGGCCCGCCAAUUGCCAAUCCCUGGUAUAGAGGAGCUACAUCGAUAAGGGAGGGAAAAAUCUGGGGCUUUCCCAACAAACAAAAAACUUUGCAGUGCUUUUAGUUAAGGAUGCAAACGGGCCAUGUGAAAUUCACUCAUUUAAAAAGAACCGCUAUGAUCUUCAUCUUGCUAGCUACUAUUUUGUAUUUUAUUCAAGUUGAUAAAGCUGUGACGUAGGCAAUGAUGUUGUUCCUCUAUGCCAAAAGAGUCCAUAAUUGAAACAAGGCCCAAGCCUAGGGUCGGGUUUUCCAGACUAAUGCACUUACGCUGCCCUGCUACUGUCCCCUAGCUGUGAGUGGUGUGCCUUUUUAGUUUGUUUUACUGAAUGAAACGGUUCCCUUGGUUAAAGAUGCACUAUGCAGAAAUCGCUCUGCCAUUUCCUGGUUGCGAAACUUCAGCACGGUAAGCAUAGAAAUAGGGCACAUAGAACAGAUCUACCGCUUCUUAGACUUGCUUUCAAUAAGAAUGACAUAUCUAUAAUUCACAUUUCUAUGUAAUUUUGUUGGGGUCGCCCAAAAAGUUACAUAUUGCAGCUUUAAUGUUUGAACCACCUAAGGAACAAUAGUAUAAUUUAUAUGGAGUCCUAUUUGCACCAGACUUGGUUAUAGAAAUGCUUUUCUCUGAACUGUUUUAGAAUAGUAUUUUUAUGGAAACAGAGAGCAUGUGAUGGCUGCUGUGGAACAGUAUAAAGGUUUGUGAUCAUAUGCACAUUCUUAAAAAACGUAGGUGCUGGGCUAAUAAAGAAUACUUGUGAAGAACAGGAAGGCCUGCUUACGCUCCCAAAAAAGCACUGAAUUGGGUGCAUAAACUGUGUGUGGGCCUUCCUGUUCUUUGCUGUGGUACAGUACACAUCUGUCUGAGGAAUGUGACAAAUAAAAGUAUCACGUUACGUGACGUUACACAGCAGCUGCAGAUCCAGAGCAGCCGGCAGAAGCCGCAAUUCCCCUUUUGGCAUCUGGUUACCUGCUCUAGUUACCAGAUUCCUCCUACUAAUUUACCAUCCCCCACUGACUAAUAGACUACAUUUCCCAGAAUUCAGUUGUAUUCCAUAGCUCAGCCAAUCAGAGUCCCUGUCUCUACUUAGUGCCCUACACAUUAUACAGAUUAUGGCAAUAAUAUACCCUGUAUUAUCAUUUUAAUUCAGACCAUUUCUGUAUCAAAAAAUACUGUGUACAUCAGCCCUAUGAAACUGUUAUGGCCUUAGUCUGGUCUGGAUUUGUGAGACAAUGUAUAUACAAGAUAAGUAUAUUUUUGUGUGUCUUUUGAAUAAUGUCUGAAAGGGAAGACAGUCCUGGUAAAAGCUGCUUGUGUUAUUUACUGUAAAAGUGCUCUGAAGGGCUUUGAUGUUGUAGGCCUCUUCUAUGCGCAUUUCAAAGGGCUGUAGUUCAAUGACAUUGCCUAAGUUCACAGCAUGCUCCCGGAGUAUCUACAACCAGAGACAUGCUUAAAACUCAUCAAAUUGCAGGCAUUUUGUUGAAAGCCUGAAAAACAUGGUAUUGAAAUGCAUCUGCGCUUCUGCAGAAAACAGGCUUAACAGCUGUAAGUAUUCAGCUGCAUGAAUAUUUUUUUAUAUAAGAGGUGAAAUUCUGCACUGCAAGAAUCAUUUUCUUAUUUCUGCAAUAGUAUAGGCUAACCGAGUGUCUCUGGGUGUACAGUUAUGUAUGAGUGUUUAUGGUUUAUUAUGGUGCGUAGCAUGACCCAUAAACUGGUCCAAGUUGCCCUCACGUUUAUUUCUAACCCCUCCCCCUAAUGUGGGUCAAAGAUCUUACUAUGCCCGUAAGCUAUGUGCUCAUAUGAUUGGCUGUUUGUUUGUUUUAAUAGCUGUUACUGUACAGUCUUGUCCUACUGUAUGGAACUGGACUGACUCCCUCUACUGGAAGUUUGAAAACUACCAUUAGCUCAAAUGUUUCAAUUCAGAAGUCCCUUUACCUUGUGGCGGAUUUACCUACUGUAUAAAAGCAACGCUAACUGUGCCAAUGAAUGUCAUGCUGUUAUUUUUUUUAAAUAUGUUUUCUAACUUUUUAAGAUUUAUAAUUUUUGUGCAUGAUCUGAAUCUGUUGAGUUUGGAGCUGCUUUUUGAAUUCACUGUGGAAUGUGAGACGAUUUACAAAAGUAAACCGUGCCAAGGAUUUAAAGCAAUUUAUGAAAAUGUAUUUUCUUGAAAACAUUUUUGUGCAUGUUCUGCAGUUGCUGUUUAAGUGUGGAAUUUGUUUCUGAGAAUUUUACUUGGAGGAAUAUCCAUUUUGAUGUUAAAUAAAAUGUAAUGCGCCAUCGCAAUAGAUUGGAA